AUGGAUUCUGAGGGAGUGUCACUACCCAUCCACGUGCAUAUUAUGAUGCCUUGGGCUGAUCUGAGGAGAGGUGAUUGUUGCGGACGCUUGGAAGUAAUCAGUGAUGGUUACUACUGCAAAACCUUCGAUUUUUUCGUACACAAGAAUUGUGGCGAGUUCUCCAAAUAUAUCGAGCACCCGUCUCACCCUGGUUGCACUCUUCAACUUGAAAGCUAUCGAAUUUGGGAUUGCAACUUAUGUGGAAGGAAUAGAGAUUGCAAGUACUUCGUUCAGAAGCUCUUUUGUUGUGAGACUUGUGACUUCGUGGUGGAUCUAUACUGUGCCAAGUACCCACCACCAGAGGUUAUUGACAAUUCUGAGACACAUCACCACAAAAUCACCCUUUUCAGAAGGAUUGGUUUUGAGUUGGAAGCGUAUAGUAAAGCCCGAGAUUAA